UCUUUUGAGCGCUGGAACAAAAUGCGUUGAUUAAAAGAGAUGUGUUAUUUUACUAACUGGAUAUAACCUUCUAAAAUAUAUUCAUGUUUUGACAUGUUGCAUUGGUAAAGGAAGAAUAACACGUUUUGUGCAAGCUUCAGUGUUCUUUCGAUUUAAAAAUAUUUAGCAGUACUGUAAUCAUGACGACGACGCUGGCAUUACCGCAAAAGAAAUAUUAUAGACAACGCGCUCAUUCGAAUCCGAUAGCCGAUCACUGCAUCGAAUAUCCGAUAAAACCGGAGUUAAUGGAUUGGAGCACUUUGUAUCCACAGUACUUUCAGAACAAUGGUGAGCAGACAUCAGAAAUACAGAAACGUGUAGAAUUUGCAGAUAUUGGUUGUGGCUAUGGAGGAUUAUUGGUUACUCUAUCUUCAAUGUUCCCGAAUAAUUUGAUAGUUGGCAUGGAAAUCAGAGUGAAAGUAUCAAACUACGUUAUGAAACGUAUUACUGCCUUACGAUCGCAAAAUCCUGGCCAGUAUCAGAACAUUGCCUGUAUAAGAACAAACGCCAUGAAGUAUCUACCAAAUUAUUUCUACAAAGGACAACUAAAGAAGAUGUUUUUCUUAUAUCCAGAUCCACAUUUUAAGAAGUCGAAACAUAAAUGGAGGAUAAUAAACAAGUCUCUAUUAGCAGAAUACGCUUAUGUUUUAGCCGAAGGAGCUAUUGUAUAUACUGUAACGGACGUAGAAGAUCUACAUAAAUGGAUAGUUCAGCAUUUUCAAGAACAUUCACUUUUUGAACAAGUUACCAAGCAGGAUUUGGCAGCGGAUCCUGUAGUGGAAAAAUUAUAUGAAAGUACUGAGGAAGGCAAGAAAGUCACUAGAAAUAAAGGAGACAAAUUUCUGGCAGUAUUCAGAAGGAUUGCGGAUCCUUAUAUUGUAAGGAAUAGCUAGCAACAACAAUUACAUAUAAUUUUCC